CAUCGAACAAAGUGACGCGUCCGAGGCCGAGCCUUAAAUAUACAUAUAUAUCUAUCGUGGAUUCAAGUGCGUGGUGCUUUCAACGCCGAAUGCAGCAGCAGAGAACGAAAAGAAGGAGACGAGGAAGAAGAUUGUGUAUCAGCAGCAUCUCUCGAUUCACGAUGAUGUGCAGUUAAUUAGUUGUGGCAAGCACACGUUAGUAAGUGAUUGUUAAAGCAACAACCAUCAAUUGGCGUACUCGUAAAAGAGAAAACAGUCGCCAGGAUGAACGUGGCCGAUGGGCCGGGGUUUACGCGCUACGAGGUGCUCAUGCUUCUCGCAAGAUUGUCCUUCGUGACGGCGAUCGGAUUUUUCAGUAUGCGAUGGAUCAUGAAUCAACUUGAUCCUAAUAACAAGCAGAAGAGGAAGGCUAAGAAGAAGGCAGAAGAACAGUUGCGAAAACUAGCGACUACGGAUGUGGUCAGUUUGACGAGAUCCAUUGACCUCGAGCAACUGACUGAUUAUGAAAUGAUGAUUGCUAGUCAUCUCGUUGACCCCAAGGAUAUCAAAGUCUCGUGGAAUAACAUCGCCGGCUUGGAACACGUUAUUCAGGAACUCCAGGAGACCGUCAUCUUACCUAUCCAGAGGAAAGAGUUAUUUGAGGACUCGCAGUUAACUCAAGCACCUAAAGGUGUCCUUCUACAUGGACCACCAGGUUGUGGAAAGACCAUGAUUGCCAAAGCUACGGCCAAAGAAGCUAAAACUUGUUUUAUAAAUUUAGAUCUCAGUAUAUUAACUGAUAAGUGGUAUGGAGAAAGUCAAAAGCUUACUGCUGCAGUAUUUUCUUUAGCAGUCAAACUCCAACCAUGUAUUAUAUUCAUUGAUGAAAUUGACUCAUUUUUGAGAGUGCGUAACUCUCAAGAUCACGAAGCUACAGCAAUGAUGAAAGCGCAAUUUAUGUCUUUGUGGGAUGGUUUGAUCACUGAUCCAUCUUGUACCGUUAUUGUUAUGGGAGCGACUAAUAGGCCUCAUGAUUUGGACAGAGCGAUUCUCAGAAGAAUGCCGGCAACUUUCCAUGUGGGCCUACCUAAUGAAAUGCAAAGAACACAAAUUCUCAAUCUGAUAUUAGAAAAUGAGCCGAUUUCAGAUGACAUCAGUAUUUUUCAUCUGUCAAGAAUGACUGAUGGCUUCUCUGGGUCAGACUUGCAAGAACUUUGUAGAAAUGCAUCUGUGUAUCGUGUUCGAGACUAUAUCAGAAAUUCUCAUGCGACGCGUGGAAAUGAUGAUGAAGUGUUUCACGAUGCUGUGCGACCCAUAACAAUGAACGAUUUGGUGACUUCUUUAAAGAAAAUGAAAACUUCAAAAGUGCAAACAGGUAGCUUAGGUAUGGCUAAACUGGAUUUGGACUAAAGAAAUUACAAAUCGGAACUGUAAAAAAAGUGUGAUUUUAUAGUUUUUCGCCUUACCUAUAUAUGCCGAUAGUUAAAGUCGAGGAAACAUCCUUUUCUUGACUGAUAUCUUCUAUAUGCGUCUCUCGUAAAAUCAAAUGGGUUUCAUUUUUCAAUAGAAGGACUUUUAUAAGAAAUAGAUCUUUUUAAUUUUAUCUAUUGCAUUAUUUUUGAUCAAUAUGUUAAUUCACGAGUGCUUAAAUUAUGUUUAUAUCGAUCGAGAACAUAAUUUUCUAUUUUAGCUAUACAAUAGGCAUUAACUUUUAUUAUUACCUUUUCAAAUAUUUUCAUAAUAUUUAAUCAGUUGAAACGCAAAGAAAGAAACUUUGCAGUUAAAUUUAUUUGAAUAAAUAUUUUUUGUUUAUAACUCAAAGUACAUCAUUGACUUGAACGAAAAGUUUGAAUAUGAUGUGCAAUAUACUUGAUAACAGAGUAUAAUAGUGUACAAAUAAUUAUCUCCGACUUUCAUGGAGAAGAAAAAUAAAUUAGCUAUAACAUAAUCAUGUUUUUGUUUAAUAAACACUGUACAUGAGAUACAAUUGAAAAAUUAAUUUUGAACUUGUAAAUAUCUUUACGAUUGCGACAUAGUCAUAAAUGUACUGUCAAUUUGGUUUUUCCAAUCGUGUAUAUUUCUAAAUGGUUACAUCCCUGUGAGAUUUCGAACAAAGAAAACUCACUGGCAAAUAAAAUAGCGACUGAAAAUAA